AUGUUAUCUUUUUGUCCUUUAUGUAAUAACAUGCUAUUAGUAGCGACAUCUGAUAGUGGUAUCUAUAAUCUUUCCUGUCGUUCAUGUCCUUAUGAGUUUCCAAUAGAAAAUGUUGAAAUUUACGACAGAAAAGAAUUAGAAAGAAAAGAAAUUGAUGAUGUGUUAGGUGGAGGUUGGGAUAAUGUUGAUCAAACUAAAGUGCAAUGUCCAAAUUAUGAUAACUGUGCUGGUGAAAGUGCUUAUUUCUUCCAAUUACAAAUUAGAUCUGCAGAUGAACCGAUGACUACUUUCUAUAAGUGUGUCAAUUGUGGUAAUAGAUGGAAAGAAAACUAG